AUGAUCAGUAGUCAAGAAAAUACUGAAUCGCUUUAUUUCUUGAAGCUAGAUGACUUAUCUCAUCAAAGCCUGGCCAUCACUUUUGGUCUGUUUAGCUACUGUGUUCAAGAAAACGACAAAAUACAACGUUCUGUAAACGAUGCUGUUAUGACUGUUCCCUUUGAAUUUGAGGUGAUUCAUUUGCUUAAUUCAACCUAUCCUCAAUUGUUUGCCGAUCAAAACACCAUUGAUACUGACCUUAAUUCUGGAGGAGAAGAAACAGUACCUCAUGAUCCCAAGAUGUAUGCUGCCUUUGUACUCUGUCUUAUGUCUUCUGGGACAUGUCUUGCUCUAAGCAUCUAUAAAUUUUUGGAAAGAAACAAGGUCCAUGGUUACCAGGAUAUUUAUUUUUCUCGAGGGUUUUUAACUCUAAGUGCAGCUCUAUUGGCCUUAUUGCUGAUCACCCUUUCUUCCACCAUGUAUUAG